AUGAGUGCUGGAGCUACGAACCUGCCAUCCCCGUCUUCUGCCUCCUCCCCCUCUCCCCCCCGCCGUCGCCGCCCUGCCCCCCGCUCGACACCUUCUCCCCCCCGCAGAGCACGAGGACACAGAACUUCAUCGGUGUCUCGUACCGGCAGUGUCUUUCAGUCGGGAUAUUUUUACAUGUCCCUCCUAGCCCUCCAGUUCGGCCUCCAGCCUCUCUUGGUCCGUGCUUUCAUUCCCACGAGCCUGCCCAAGAUGCUCGUGGUUAUGGCCACCGAAAGCGUCAAGAUCCUCCUCUGCGCCCUAGGGCUCUGGGUUACCGAGACUAAGGACAGCCGAGCCAAACUAUGGGCGACAUGGACAGUGCGGUAG